AUGCAAGCUCAUCAACCCGGCAAUAAUAAUCGAGAGCAUGGCAACCGCAAUGCUCGAUCCAAUGAUGAUAAAAACCCAUUCAACUGCAAAGUUUGCUGGAAAGCUUUUACAGAAUAUCCUGAUGCGGAUACGCAUGCACGGAUACAUGCUGCAUUGUUGCCCUUUAAAUGCGAGGUGUGUGGGAAAGCGUUCCGUGAUACUUGUGCCCGAGAGCGACACCGUCGCAUACAUCUCAAUGAAAAGAACUUUAUGUGUGACCUCUGCCACAAGUCAUUCUCACAGAAGUCCUCAUUGAAGUUGCAUGCUCGCACGCACACUGGUGAAAGACCAUUUGUGUGUGACAUCUGCGGCUUUGCGUUUGCACGUAAGGACCACUUAGAGAGACAUCAAAAGACAAACAAUGGUGACAGAAAGUUGAGCUGUGUGCCAAAACACCUGCAACAGCCCCAGCCCCCUUUGCAACAACAACCUCUGUCUCCACAACAAGUACUGCAGCAACAAUCACAAAUUCCUUUACAACAACCACCACAGCAGUCACCACCAUCUGAGCAGCUGCAUCUACAACUGAAUCCAGGUGAUGACUGCCCACAAAUAAAUAUCUCACAAACACAGUCCGAUCCAUCUUUACCUUCCCAAUCUCCAAUUGCAGACCAGACAUCAGAAUCAUUACCAGCAAUACACACUCCAGAACCAGUUCUCGUAGCACAAGCUGAAGCAGAAACCCUUUCAUCCGCCCAACAACAACAACAAAAGCAGCAGCAGCAGCAGUUGCCUCCUGAAGAACCUUCAGAUAUACCUCAAUAUAUGAGCAUAUGA